AUGGCAUCGCGCAACACACGACGAGUGUAUAUUCAAGGAGAACCAACCUUCUAUUCGAUCGAUGCCAUGGCAGCGAUCUCAAGCGACGAGCUGCAAGAUGCCUGGGAGAAGGUGAAGGCCAUGGCAAUACUUCCUGAGCCUCCUGAGCCGAAGCUUCCCAAUUUCGGGCCCAAGGUGCCUAUGAAAACCAAGCUCCAAUCUAUCCAGAGUCUCAUUACUUCCCUCGAAUACAACUACACAGGGACUCUGUACUUCGAUGUGAACAAGAAUCGGAGCUUUAAGAGUAUAGUGAACACUGCAAAAGAAAUCCUCAAGGAGGGCCUGCCAAUCCAGUGUCUAGAAGGAGUUUUCUUGGGGGCUUACCUAACGGCGGGGAUGUCGAAUCUCGAGCGUUUUCCUAUCAGCUUUAAGACAGCAGCGGGCAAAUCAACGCACCGCCACGUCAUUCUUGGUAUUCACCACCAACAGCAAAAAUGGGGAGCGUUGGGCCUAAGUCGAUGCGAUAAGCUUAUGUACAAGGACUUAAAGUUCGAGUCAUUGAGCGAUCUCGUGCUCGAUUACUGCCGCGAGUUUGAGAACGUCUACCACAAGGUGUUGAAGGUUAACGUGGGCUUUCCUUUCACUCACGAUAUCCAUUCAUCCGAGCGAGUCGAAUGGCGGGUGCUUAAUCUCCCUGUUGACAUGAGCAAUUGGGCAGAAAUUGCGAAGCAAUUGGACGGCUUCGGUAAAGAUGCAGCCGAGAUUGAGAUUUUCAAGAAGGCAAAAGGCGAGUUCCCAGCGUGGUUUGGAACCAGAUACGCCCUAAAUGCUCCAGAAGUGGAGAUUGGGCGGUCACCACGAGCAGUCCAGCGUCGUAAUUCGUUCUCAGAUGAUUUCAAUACGUUCGAGGAAGAGCAGCAGACUCAAGAGUCAGCACUAGCGCAGACGCCACGGACGAUCCCCAAGCACAUUAUUGUGACACCAGACGAAUUCACGUUUAAAAAGCCGUCAUCCAUUACCGCGCCAGCUCCACCAACAAACAUUUUUCUGCAGAACACGUCGCCAUUGCCGUAUUUGAUCGAGAUCGAGGACAGAUCAGGACUUUUGGAAAUUGUCACCAAGACACAAGCAACGUUGCAAACAGAAGAGCGCGAUGAGACCAACCCAGAGGUUCAUCCUGCAAAGGCUACAUUCCGCAUUUCAGCUAAUGGGAUGAUUGCCGUGGCUAUCAAGUACAACCCUCAUCGAUCAUUGACCAAGAAGCCUUCGUCACCCGAAAAAUCUUCGGUCAAAAAAAGUAUGAACGGAAAUUCAGACGAGUCUGCUAUGAAUGAACCACUCCAGGUUGUCUCGUUCCGCUGCAUCCCCGAAAAAAUAGCAGACGCGGUGCCAGACGGGGAAUCGUUCACGCUUGAAACACCGUUUGUCUUCAAGGAUAUUUAG